GCCCCACCGCCAGUACUGACCGUACCCUUCAAGAGUUAUAAAUGCCGAAGCUAUGACAUAAAGUAGUUUUUUUUUUAACUUUUUUAAUUCGUAGUGCAACUGUGUGUCGUGUUUAAAAAUAAGAAUUACGCAAGUGUUAGUGCGUUCGAAUAACGAAAUUGGAGCAACAGGAUGGCGGGUAUGAAUCCACGCUUGGCGUUCGCCAUUAUAUCCUCGGCGUGCUGGUCAGCGUUCCAACACGGCUACAACACUGGAGUCUUAAACGCUCCCCAAGGGGUGAUGUCAGAAUGGCUUCAAAAAGAGGCUUUGACGGGCACUAAUUUGACACUGGCAGCUAAGGAUGACCCGAAAGUCACAACUGUUUGGUCUAUCGCUGUGUCUAUAUACUGCGUGGGGGGGAUGGUGGGUGGUGUCAUCACGGGGCUGGUAGCUGAAAGAUUCGGCCGGAAGGGUGGUUUGCUCCUAAAUAAUAUAUUAGUUUUCGUUGCUGUCAUACUUCAGAGCUGCUCGAAAGCGGCGAAUUCAGCUGAAAUGUUUAUCAUUGGGAGGUUCAUAAUAGGUGUGAACAACGGUCUAAACGCAGGCCUGGCUCCGAUGUACUUAUCGGAAAUAGCGCCCGUGUCGUUGCGUGGUUCGAUAGGCACGGUGUACCAGCUGGUGAUCACGAUGUCCAUCCUGCUGUCGCAAGUGCUGGGCCUGCAGGCGGUGCUGGGCUCGGCGCAGCACUGGCCCUGGCUGCUGGCGCUGCCGGCGCUGGCGGCGGCGGCGCAGGUCUGCUCGCUGCCGCUGUGCCCCGAGUCGCCGCGCUACCUGCUGCUCAACAAGGGCGCCGAGCUGCGCGCGCAGAGAGCCCUCAACUGGUUGAGAGGCGACGUGGCUGUCCACGGUGAGAUGGAGGAAAUGCAUCAGGAGGCGGAGAAGAACAAGAUAAGCAAGAAGGUGACCCUGACGGAGCUGGUCCGGAAACCCUCGCUCCGGCAGCCACUCCUCAUCGCGGUAGUCAUCAUGAUAGCCCAACAGCUUUCCGGAAUCAAUGCCGUUAUGUUUUUCUCGACUGACAUCUUUCAGUCCGCCAAUCUCAGCAAGACUCAGAGCCAGUACGCCACACUGGGCAUGGGUGCCAUGAACGUGGUGAUGACGGUGAUAUCCUUGCUGCUGGUGGAGGUGGCUGGUAGAAAGACCCUGCUUCUAACUGGGUUCAGUGGUAUGCUGGUCGUCACCAUCGCACUGUGUAUCGCUAACUUAUAUACUUCCCUCGCGUGGGUGUCCUACCUGUGUAUAGCUCUCGUUAUACUCUUCGUGGUGAUGUUCGCCGUGGGCCCGGGUUCGAUUCCGUGGUUCUUGGUUACUGAGCUUUUCAACCAGGGUGCACGACCGGCGGCUACGUCAGUAGCGGUGACGGUGAACUGGGCUGCCAACUUCCUCGUGGGGCUCAGCUUCCUCCCACUCACGCUCGUCAUCGGUUCAAACACGUUUAUAAUAUUCGCAGUUCUACAGUUCGUGUUUAUAUUGUUCAUCGUUUUCAAAGUUCCCGAAACGAAGAACAAGACGAUCGAAGAAAUAACAGCCAUGUUCAGACAGCAGAUGUAAAUUAACAAACACUUUGUUUUCCAAGUUAAAAU